CACAGCUGCCGCAGCCAAGGUAACAUUGGGCUGCCAGCUGCAGCUGCAGUUGCACGUGCGGCCAACGCACUCAACUGCCCCUCGUUCAACCUCCUCCCAUCCUCGCCAUCACGACGAUGCCGAUGCUGCUGUAUUAACCACCACAUCACCACCAUGGUGCUUCCGACCGCGCUACAAGACUUUCUCACCACCAACAAUGCCUCAUCCACCCUCUCCUUCUACCUCAACGGCACCCCCGUGGCUCUCGCCAGCCCCAACCCCCACUGGACCCUACUCGACUUCAUCCGCUCCCAACAUGGGCUAAAGGGUACCAAGCUGGGUUGCGGCGAAGGGGGGUGUGGUGCCUGCACCGUGGUGUUGCAGACCCGCGAUGGCUGCUCUCGGCAGAUUCGCCACCGCGCCGUCAACGCCUGCUUGUAUCCGCUCAUUGGAGUGGCCGGGAAACAUGUCAUUACCGUGGAGGGGCUCGGAAACAUCGAUCAUCCGCAUCCAUUGCAGGAGAGAUUGGGGAAGCUCCACGCAUCCCAAUGUGGGUUCUGCACCCCUGGCAUUGUCAUGUCGCUGUAUGCUCUCGUGCGGAAUGCCUACAAUCCCCAGACCGGCGAGUUUCACCUGUCCGAGGAUGAUAUCGAGAUGAAGGGACACCUGGAUGGUAAUCUGUGUCGUUGCACCGGGUACAAGCCCAUUCUGCAGGCAGCCAAGACUUUUGUGCAGGAGGAUCUCCAGGGUCGUCUGGCUGUGCGUACGUCGCAGAUUGAGAUGGCAAGCGUGGAGUCGGAGUCGGAUACCUCCCGGCCGCAGUCUUGCGGUCGUCCGGGGGGGUGUUGUCGUGAUACCCGGGCCAGCUCGCGCACCAGUGUGACUACUCCGGAUUCAGAGAUUGAUAAGGAGUCGAAGGAAUCAUCUGUUCCUCAGAUUGAAUUCCGCCCCUACUUGCCCAAUACCGAGCUCAUCUAUCCCCCUGGACUGGCCAAGGUCAGCCCACAGAUGAUCUGCUACACCGAUGAGCAGAAGGCCUGGUUGCGUCCGGUGACACUGGCGCAGACACUGGAUAUUCUGGCGCUCUGCCCGUCAGCCACUCUGGUUGGCGGCGCCAGCGAAGUCCAAGUCGACAUCCGGUUCAAGGGUGCCGAGUUUGCCGUGUCCGUGUUCAUCGGCGAUCUGGACGAGCUCUCACACAUCACGCUGGUGAAAGACAGCACCGAGCUGGUCAUCGGAGGAAAUACCUCACUCAGCGACAUCGAGGCCGAAUGCUACCGGCUCAUUCCCAUUCUGGGGGCACGGGGCUCGGUCAUCUCUGCGAUGGCCAAGGUGCUGCGCUACUUUGCUGGGCGUCAAAUCCGCAACGCUGCCUCGCUGGCGGGCAAUAUUGCCACGGCCUCGCCUAUCUCUGAUAUGAACCCGGUACUCCUGGCCGUCAACGCCACCGUGGUAGCCCGUACUCUCACCGAGGAGACCUCCUUGUCCAUGUCGGACAUGUUCCUGGGCUACCGCAAGACUGCUCUUCCUCGCGGCAGCAUCAUUACCGAGAUCCGCAUUCCUUUGCCACCAGCCGGAGUGCGUGAGAUUACCAAAUCCUACAAGCAAUCCAAGCGUAAAGACGACGACAUUGCCAUUGUCACCGCUGCUUUUCGCGUUCGUCUCGCCGAUGACAACACCGUCACCGACGUUGCCCUGGCCUACGGCGGCAUGGCGCCCGUCACUCUUCUCGCGCAACGCGCACAGAGCGCCCUACACGGCAAGAAAUGGGGCGUCAAGGCCGUACUCGACGCAACGUUCGACGCCCUACUCGAGGACUUCCACCUCCCUUUUUCAGUCCCCGGUGGAAUGGCCACCUACCGUCGGACCCUCGUGCUGUCGCUCUUCUUCCGCCUCUGGAACGAAGUGCUGGCAGAUUUCGAGCUCGGCCCAACCACCACCGACGUGACGGAAGAGAUCCAUCGACAAAUCUCCCACGGCACGCGCGAUAACUACAACCCGCACGAGCAGCGGGUAGUCGGGAAACAGAUGCCACAUCUUUCAGGGCUGAAACACGCCACCGGCGAGGCCGAAUACGUGGAUGACAUGCCGCCACAGCACCGAGAGCUCUACGGCGCAAUGGUGUUGUCGCAGCGUGCCCACGCCAAGAUCAUCUCGGUUGACUGGUCUCCUGCUCUCGAGCCGGGUCGCGCGGUCGGAUACAUCGAUCACACCAGCAUUCCCCCGGAGAAGAACCUCUGGGGUCCGAUCGUGCACAACGAGCCUUUCUUCGCCAUUGACAAGGUCACUUCGCACGGCCAGCCCAUUGGACUGGUCUAUGCGGAAACAGCGCUCCAGGCCCAAGCGGCAGCGCGUGCCGUCAAGGUCGUGUACGAGGAUCUGCCCCCGAUCCUGACCAUCGACGAAGCCAUAGCGGCAAAUAGCUUCUUCCCACAUGGCAAGGAGCUACGCAAGGGAGCACCUCCGGACAAAAUGGCGGAUGUAUUCGCUAAAUGCGACCGGGUAUUCAGCGGAACCAUCCGCAUGGGUGGCCAGGAGCAUUUCUACCUCGAGACCAACGCGGCAUUGGUGGUACCUCAUCCCGAGGACGGAUCAAUGGACGUAUGGUCAUCAACACAAAACACCCUCGAAUGUCAAGAAUUCGUCAGCAUGGUGACCUCCGUCCCAGCCAACCGAAUCAACACCCGGGUCAAACGCAUGGGCGGUGCCUUUGGCGGCAAAGAAUCCCGAAGCACCCAACUGGCCUGCCUUCUCGCCAUCGCAGCAAAGAAAACCCGACGACCCGUCCGCGCCAUGCUCAACCGCGACGAAGACAUGAUGACCAGCGGACAACGCCACCCCUUCCAAUGCCGCUGGAAAGUCGGGGUCAUGAACGACGGCACCCUGGUCGCCCUCGACGCCGACGUCUACAACAACGCCGGCUACUCCCUCGACAUGAGCGGCGCCGUAAUGGACCGCUGCUGCACGCACCUCGAAAACUGCUACUACUUCCCGAACGUACACAUCCGCGGCUGGGUUUGCAAAACUAACACGCACAGCAACACAGCGUUCCGCGGCUUCGGCGGGCCCCAAGCCAUGUUCAUCGCGGAAAGCUACAUGAACGCGGUCGCCGAGGGCCUCGACAUCUCCGUCGACGACCUCCGCCUCAAAAACCUCUACCAACAAGGCCAACUCACCCCGUUCCUCCAACCCAUCGACCAAGACUGGCACGUGCCUCUGCUCCUCGACCAAGUCCGCAAAGAGGCCCGGUACGACGAACGAAAAGCCGAAAUCGCCCACUUCAACAAAACCCACCGCUACCGCAAACGAGGCAUCUGUCUGAUUCCCACCAAAUUCGGCAUCUCCUUCGCCACAGCCCUGCAUCUCAACCAAGCCGGUGCGUCCGUCAAAAUCUACACCGACGGCUCCGUGCUGCUCAACCACGGCGGUACCGAAAUGGGCCAGGGACUAUACACCAAGAUGGUGCAGGUCGCGGCCGAGGAACUGCGAGUUCCUCCGGAGAGUAUCUACACCCAGGACACCUCAUCAUACCAAACAGCCAAUGCAUCCCCCACGGCCGCCUCCUCGGGCAGCGACCUCAACGGCAUGGCCAUCAAAGACGCAUGCGACCAACUCAACGAACGACUCCGUCCCUACCGCGAACAAUUCGGUAAAGACGCAGAUAUGGCCACCAUCGCACACGCCGCCUACCGCGAUAGAGUCAACCUCGCGGCCAACGGAUUCUGGAAAAUGCCCAAGGUUGGCUACAAAUGGGGGAAUUAUGACCCUGCCACUGUAAAACCCAUGUAUUACUACUUUACCCAGGGCGCAGCCUGCACCUCCAUCGAACUCGACCUCCUAACAGGAACCCACACUGUCCUCCGCACCGACAUAAAAAUGGACAUCGGGCGCUCCAUCAACCCAGCCAUCGACUACGGGCAAAUCGAAGGCGCGUUCAUCCAAGGGCAAGGGUUAUUCACCAUGGAAGAAACCCUCUGGACACGAGACGGCAUCCUGGCAACGCGGGGACCCGGUAAUUACAAAAUCCCCGGGUUUAGUGACAUUCCGCAGGAAUUCAAUGUGAGUUUUUUGCAGGGCGUUGAGUGGGGUCAUUUGAGGAGUAUUCAGAGUAGUAAGGGGAUUGGGGAACCGCCGUUGUUUUUGGGGAGUACGGUGUUGUUUGCGAUUAGGGAUGCGGUUAGGGGGGUUAGGAGGGAGAAUGGGGUUGAUAAUUGGGGGGAGGGAGGAGAGGGGUUCGUGUUGGAUAGUCCGGCGACGGUGGAGAGGGUUAGGUUGGCGGUUGGGGAUGAGAUUGUGAAGAGGAGUUGGGUGGAGAGGGGGGAGGGGGAGAGGGAUUUCUUCGUUGCUGUUGCGUGA